AUGGACCCCUUCGCUGUUGUCAACCGACUCCAACAGGACAUCGAGGAUGAAAACAUCAAUCUCGAAGAGAUGAGUCAAGUCUAUCGCAAGCAUACACAGCAAGUCGAGGACACUAACGACUCGCCAAAACCCCUCAUUGAUCGCUUCUAUUUGCAAGGGGGCAACGUAUCUCUCACAACUAUGAUGAACCUCACGCUUUCUGAGUUCGAGUCAAUUUGGGCGGUUGUGGAAUCAUCCAUGGAGACGACGUGGACGCUUGGUUGUGGCCACAAAUCAACGACAUCCCCCAAGGACGCCUUGGACAUUGAGAUGAAGGCUCCAACGUUUGAGAAGAUGAUCCACGGUGUCAUUGGUGUGGUCGAGUCGGUGUUGUAG